AGAGAGCGGACGUGCACGGACGCGUUUACGCUGGCGCAUCGCAUCACUGGAUUCCGUUCGUUCGUUCUGUUACGUUCUGGCGUGUUUUUUUUCAGUUUGUCGCGUUGUUAUUAACUUUUGUAUUUUACUACCACUACGGAACAUUGUAUAAUUUCUGUUUUCUGUUCUCCGCCGUUUACGCGCCGCUUUUUCGCCUUUCUGCCACCUGUACAAGUGGAAGCGCUGGAAAAAAGAUACGUAGUUCGGGAAAUAGAGCGUUUUCAAUGCCGGCUUUAAAAUGUGUGUGUUUUGCUGACGUUCCCGUUCCCCCAACCAACUGUCGUAUCUAAUUCGUGCUAACAGUCCGGGCAAAAGUAAUAAUAAAAGUGGAAAUAGCAGAGCAAAGUAUACGAACUUAUUUGGUUAUUAUCAGCGCGGAUAUCGCGUAUACGACGCGUGUGCUACCUUGAAGGUGAAAAGCCAAACUUGUGCCACUUGUUAUUCUCCCCAUCCACAUUUUCUCUCUGUGUAUGUUUGAGUGCGUAGCCGAAUACUAAGUGAAAAAACAACAGCAAGCACAUCAGUUACUAUUAAAUUAUAUUGCAAGUUACAAGCUGAGGGAGAAAAAAGCAAAAUAAAAAGAAAAACACAAAAUAAUCAAGCGAAACAAGGCGAAAAAAACACAACAAAAACAAACAAUAACAGCGGCAGAGCAAAGGCAUCGAAAAGAACGUUUAAGUGAGCAGCGACUGCGCCGUCGACGCCGACCGCGACUGCGGCAGAGGGUGCAACAACAGCAGCGAAAAUAGCAACAAAAUGUCGAAAAACUGUUGAGCCAAGAAGAUGCAAGCGGUCAUGGACACGGCGGCCAUGGCCAUAGCCGUGGGCUCCUCCGGUUCUGGAUCCGUUUCCGGCCUGAGCUCCGGCUCCGGUAGUUCCGGUCCGGGGAGCAGCAGCAGCGGCAGCAGCAGCGGCUAUGGCAGCGCCACGACCACGCCCACCGGCGGCGGUCACUACGACAACUCGCCUACCUCGAUGCCGAUGGCCAAUGCCACGAUUGCCACAGUGGCUCCGUUCUACAGUGAGGCCCUGACAUCGCUGGAUGCCCAGCAGCGACAGCAGCAACAGCAGCCGAAUCCGGGCCACUACUACCACCAGAACUACGGUUACGGAAAUUCGCUGCCUCUGGAUCCCGCCUACAACGCUUACAGUGGAGCUCCGUACAACACGUACAGUGCUCCGCCGGCCUCGCAGCAACUUUCCAGCAAUUCUUAUCCCGUAAGUGGAGCUCGCUAUGAAAAGUUGGCCCCCAGUUCGGGUGUAAAAUAUGGAGGAAGUACGGGAAGUAUGGGAGGUACAAAUACGGGUAUGAAGCCCCAGGCCACGGCCACGCCCUUUUACGCCCAGCCGACGGGAUCCUCGGGUGGCUAUAUGACCCAAUCGAAUCCCAUGUACGAUCCCUACAAGUACAAGAUGCCGCCCAAUGCCCAGGCCACUUCGCAAUCCAUGAUGCCGGGGAAUAUGACGGGAAGUUCGGGGUUACCGGGUGUAUCCUAUAACCAGGGUUUAGGGAUAAAUGCCCCUGCAGUAAUCCCGAAGCAGAUGACGCAGCCGCAGACGCAGCUCACCCAACUGGAGCCCAACUAUGCGGCCAUAAAGCCCAGUAGAAGCUAUCAGGCGAUGCCAACCUCGGGGGUUUAUGGUUCGAAUUCCGUUGGAAACUCCGGUGGAUUGGUUGGUAAUCCCUCUUCAUCGCAAUAUUACGACAAGUACGGAAUGGCCAUGUCCAUGUAUUCGCCGAAUGGGGGGCUUCCCAUGUAUAGCCAGCCGGAUCUGGGACCUCCCGAAUCCACUUACAGGAAAUCGACAAACAAUUGUCACUGGGGAGUGGACUACCAGGCGCCCAACUACAGAUCUCUGCCGCCGACGGCACCGGUGGCGAAUAGUUCGUAUCAUCACCCACAUCCAGGAGCAGGACCAGGACAAGGACCUGGUCCUGGUCCCGGAAUCCCCAACAGUGAUCUUUACUACGGCUCAACGAAGUAUGACAAGUACGGGAGUUCGGGUGUCUCACCCUAUGUAAACAAUCCCUAUGCUGGUCCUUCGAUCACGCAGUCCUACGGAGGACGUAAUCUGUGGUCAGGAACGGAGAAUCCCCCGGCUAGUAACCGGCAGAACUGCUGCUCCCAGGGAUACCCUUUAAACCAGCAGAGUUGCUAUUACCCCAGGGGUAAUUCGUAUGGCUAUGGAACGGCUGGGAACGCUCCCCAAUCACAACCCCAAUAUCCAGCGGUCAAUGGAUCCUCCGCCGCAGGUGCUGCCAUGAAGCUCAAGCAUCCCACGGAGAUGUAUGUGGGUCAUGGACCCUACGAAGCCACGCCCACUCAACUGGGCUAUGGAUACAACCCAGGAUCCACUUCAUCGAGUAGCCAGCGAUAUGUGAACCUCGGAAUGGGAAUGGGCAUCGGAAUGAGCAUGGGAAUGGAUCCUGGGAGUGGUAACUACUACAACGAUCUUAGUCUCAACAGCCUGGACAACUAUGGAGCUCCCGCGAUGCCACAGCGAUCGCAACCCUAUCAGGAUUAUCGCAAGAGAGCCUCGGGAACCUCGGGUAACUGUUACCUAACACAAGGGGGAAGUGGAAUAGGAGGAGGAGGAGUUGGAGGACCACUGACCAACCUAGAUGCCCAGGUGGAAAACUAUGUGGGCUUCAAUCUGCAUGCCUCGGCGCCCUCCAACCUGGGUUACUCUGUGGACUCCGCCAAGUCCACACAGACCAUACGGGACUUUCUCUCCACGUGGAAGGUGGACGAUGAGGAUGAGGCCAGUGCUGCUCUAGAGAUGGAUCCUCCCGUUGUGGCUGUGGUGGCACCUGUGCCCAGUGCCCCCAACUUUAUGUACGAAUCUCUGCCACCCACUGGACCCCAAGCCACCGCUGUGGUGGAUCAUCAGGGUAUCAACUUGCCCGACAUCAUUAUAGACAUCGAAAAGGCCAAUGGGAAUGGUGGUGCUCCUCCCGUGGACGAUUCCUUUGGCAGCUUCGAUGUGGAAAAGGAGCUGGAUGAACUGCGUCUCAAGACGAGUGUUUCGGAGCAACCAGCUGUGAACGAAAGUGAUGCCUUGGCCGAGAUCCUGCGACAACCGGUGACUGCUCCUUUAAUCACGGAACAACCUUCGGUUCUUCCCUUGCCAAGUCCCAUUCUGAAUACCAAUGAGGUGUUUACCGAAGUCACCCAACCGCCAACCAUGGACUUUGAUCAGAACAACAGUUCGAAUUCGAAUGAAUCAACCUUUGCCAAGGAGUACGAGACCUUCAUACACAAGAUCGAGGGUUCCGAGAGUGAGACGGAGGAGCCGACUGUCCAGGAGGAGGGUGAAUAUAGGGAGAACCCGAAAAGAUUCAAGUUUUACAAGCGGAAGCGCAGGGUGACUGAACCCCAGGAAGGCCUCGGUGAAAAGAAUCCUAACCUAAAUGCCAAUGUAAUCUCUCUAUCACCAAAAGCUUCAGCCAGAGCCAGUAAAAAGCUGCUGGCGAAGAAGCGUAGAAAUCGCAUGAAGAUGUUGAAGAUCCUGGAAUUUGAGAGCCCGAAAGUAAAGUAUCGUCACUACUUCAAGGUACUCAAGGUUCUAAGGGAGAGAACCGCCUUCAGUAGAACCAGAAAACUCCGAGCCAUCCUGAUGAAGAAACAGUUGACCCGAUUGAAGGAGAACCGACUGCCUUUGAUCAAGAGGCUGAUCAAGAAGUACGUGGCCCCGCCAGAACUGCGCAAUCCCCCGAGUCUCAAGGGUUUGAGUGUCUCUGCCUUGAAUUCCAACGAAUUCCGAAGCAGUUUGCUAAGCGGAACCGAUCGGGAAACGGUCAUCAAGAGUGGGUAUAGCUACAAGGACAAGACUGAGGAGGUUCUGGAGGAACAGAGCUUGGAUACCAAGUCCCUGGAGCUGCAAUCGAACUUCAAGGGAUUCGAUGACAUCGAGAACACGAAUAUGUCACCUAAAAUUAAACUGAGAGUGGAAGCAGAAGACGAGGAGGAUGUGAAGGACGAUGUGAAGAGACCUGUUGAGGAUGAGCUGCCGAAUAAGGAGGAGCAAAUACAAGCCUGGCUGGAAAAUAGUGUGGUGCCUAUCCCAGAAACCCCAGAAACCGAAACUGAACUACCGAAAAAAGCUAUACCAGCUAGUGUAAUACAACCCUCGCCCUCGUCAUCUUCUUCGAGCUCGAGUUCCAGUAGCUCCAGUUCAGACGAUGACUCCAGUAGUUCGAGCAGCCAGGAGGAGGAGGAGGAGGACGCUUCAUCCAGUAGCAGCAGUUCCAGCAGCUCCAGUUCCCAGAGUUCCACAGCUGGCGAGGAAAGCGACUUCAACGAACUGGCCGCUCUGGAGAAGGAACUGUCCCAACCACAAACCGAAGAACCCAAGCUUGAAGAGCUCUCCCACCUGGAUAUAAAAAUCAAAGAAGAGAUUCUUGAAGAAUCAUCCCCAGGAGAGAUUGCCAAACUGAAGCAGAUCCUGGAGAGCGACGGCGAACCGCAGCCAAGUGACCUUAGUAAGAUUGCCUUAAAUAGUUCCUUAAAAACAAAAGAGUUAGUCGUAAGCGAGGCAUCGGAAUCGGAAUCUCCACGAGAACUGAGCGUCGAGGAGGCGCUGGCGGAGAUGUACCAGCUCUCCGAUUUGGAGGGCAAGGAGGAGGAGGACGAGGAGGAGCAGCCGAGCGCCAAUGGUCAGGAUGUCCUGCUGAUCAACCUGGCCGAAAUCUUCGAUUCCAGCAGUGAUCUCUAUGUGGUGCAGUGCGAUAUGAACGAGAACAUUCUGGGUGUGGUGGCCAGUGAGGAGGAGCCGGUGGUCGAGGGAGAGCCCCAUCUCGUCCAGGAGGAGGUGGAACCACAGGUGGACACUUUGCAGCUCAUCCAGCUGCUGGCCGAACCCCAGCCGGAAUUCGAUGCCACACCGUUGAUACACCACGAGGAGAUCAUCCGCGAUGAGGGGGAACCCGAUCCGCACAAGGAUCGUCGAAAGUUGCUCAAGUAUCUGCAUGGCAAGUAUGUCCAAAGUCGCAUCAGUCGCUUCUACCACGCCCACCAGAUCCUGCGGAAGUACAAGCGCCUGAGGGCGUCAAAAAGAAUUCCAGCUUCUACCAAAGAUAUAUCUGGUCCCUCGAAAGGAUCAGAAACCAGACGAUCCAGAAACCGGAACUAAACGAAAGAUACACCACACGUAGAUACAACACAACAAAAAAUAGAAAACACUUUAACCAGAAUCUCAAGACUUUUUUUAAUAUUUGGAUUUAUUUUAGGAAACGGAAUAUAGCUUGUAAUAAUAAUAACUAUGUAUAGUCGUUGUUUUAGGGAAAUCAUAAUGUUUUUAAACUUUUACGAUACGAUACUUAUUUUACACCUAAUUAUAUAGAGUACCAUAGUACCCAUAUACCAUAUAUUUUAGAUAUCUGUGCAAUAUUUACAUGGAAAAUGUCGUGUUUAUCUGGAAUGCGCGAAUUCGAAUCUCGAUGGGUUAGGCAUGAGUAAGCAGCGUUAGACGAGAAGGGUUAAUCGGGGGGAGUUUCGGGGAGUAGCGUGCUAUUAACCAGAUGUAUGUGGACAUAUUUUAUCGGCUAAUGUAUCAGCGUUUUAGUCGCUCAGCGAGUCGGGCCAAUUUAAAAUGCUUUUCGCCAAAGGUCAGGCCCAGAUUGCGAUACAUUCGCAGUGCAACACAUAUAUGAUAUAUCGUAUGUAAGGUCAAAAUCCCCAUUUAGCUUAAAUUUUGUAUUGCCACCAAAUGCAGCCUAGACCAAAAACUAAAAAAAAGAAACUAAUAUAUAUCUGUUGGACUUGUUUGAUCUGUUAGAAGCCGAAGACUUUGUUUGUUUUUAGUG